AUGAGCACUGUUUUCCACCUUUCCUUGAACCCUUGCACCACAUACCCCGUCUCUGACCUGCACGGUUUCUUGUUCUUGACCUUGUAUCUAACUUGCGUGUCGCUUUAUCGUGGAUCGGGGUGCUAUCUUUUGGUUGUUUCGUUUGAUAGCUUUUCAACGCACGGAAUCACCCAACUCGAUAACCUCGUCCAGGACUACAACUCUUUGGGAGUAACGAGCAUGGAGGACAGAAGACGGCUCUUUCAGUUGAUCCAGACCAUCAAGACCGAAUAUCCGGACGUCUCUGGCUCUGCUUCAGUACCAGCAUCAUCGACAACCAUGACACCAUCAUCGCCCGGUAUGGGAACGAUGGAUGGAUCAGGUUACGGUAUGGCCACCGCGACUCGAGGUUACAGCAUGAGUGACAUGAACUCGAAGCCGAUGGAGGCAAGACAGUCCGUUGGACGCCGAUCUGGUUCAGGAGUUACCAACUCUCUUAACUCUUCAACCCAUGGCCAUUCCAGAACCAUGUCUAACCAGCAGCAGCAGCAGCUUGAUCUGCAACAGCAACAAUUGAGGCAACAGCAGCAACAACAACAGCAGUUCCAGCAGCAACAAUACCAACAGCAACAGCAGGCGCAACUGCUUCUCCAGCAACAGCAACAGCAACAACAGCAGCAGCAGCAAUACCAACAACAGCAGCAACAACAACAACAAUAUCAACAACAGAUUCAACAACAGCUGCAUCAGCAGCAGCAACAACAGAACUUUGGUGGGCGAAACUUCAAAGAGGCAUCCGAGGAUGAGGAGGAAGCUAUUCCGAUUCAAGAGGCCAAGCAGCGUGGGCUGGAUGCGUACUCGGUACCGACGCGUAACAAGGGAACCCUCGGACGAAGCACGGGAGCCUACAUCGCAAACGACUUGACCGCCAAAAUCCGAGUCUGUGUCCGCAAGAGACCUCUCAACAGCAAGGAAAUCAACCGAGGCGAAAAGGACAUGGCCGGUGUAACAGGACGCCAAUUGACAGUGGACGAACCAAAAGUCCGCGUAGAUAUGACAAAGUACAUUGAGCGACAUGGCUUUAUCUUUGAUGAGGUGUUUGAUUCGGACGCAACAAACGAGGAUGUGUACAGGCGGACAGCGUACCCCUUGGUCCAGUAUCUGUUUGAGGGUCUUUAUGUGUUGGCAGCGAGGGACAUCUUUGUAAUGCUUCGCAAGCCGGAGAAUGCUCAUCUUACAGCGUACAUUGGAUUCUACGAGAUCUACCAAGGACACCUGCACGAUCUGCUCAACAAGCGCAAGAAACUGCAUCCACGCGAAGACGGAAAGAGCAACGUUGUAAUCUCCGGCCUGAAGGAGUACGAGAUUUUGAACGUCGAAGGACUGAUGCAAGUCUUUGAAUACGGCAACAGCGCUCGAAGCACAGGGAGUACAAAUGCCAAUGCAGACUCGUCUCGCUCUCACGCCAUUAUGCAGAUCAUGCUCAAGGACCAAAGUCGGAAUGUUGUUGGCAAGCUUAGUUUUAUCGAUUUGGCAGGAAGCGAACGUGGCGCAGAUCGUGGAGAAACCGAUGCUAAAACAAGGAUGGAAGGAGCAGAAAUUAAUAAGAGUUUGCUCGCGCUCAAGGAAUGUAUUCGUGCACUGGAUCAGGACAAGAAACACACACCUUUCCGUCAGAGCAAGCUCACCCAGGUGCUCAAGGAUUCUUUUGUUGGCAACUCUAGGACAUGCAUGGUCGCCACCAUCUCUCCCAACAACUCGAACAGCGAACAUACCCUCAACACCCUUCGAUAUGCUGAUCGAGUGAAGGAACUGAAGGCUGAAGGCGGAGCAAAGGGCGUGGCUCAGGGACAGGAUGUCAUCGCUGCUCAGGAGGAAUACAUGGAUGACGUUGAGGGCUACGAAGAGGACGAGCUGGAAGCCAACGUGUAUGAUGAUGACUAUCUAUCAUCUGAGGGCGAGAACGUUGCGGAUGUGACAAUAGACCUUCUGGAGGAUGAAGAGUUUCCGGAUUUGCUCGACCAGGAAGAGAUGGAUCACCAUACCCUGGCCAUGACUACAUAUGACCAUGAGCUGGAGGAUCCCAACUCCAAGCGCAUCGGAGGACGCGGAGGUUUCGGAAAUCAGGGAGCACUCUCCCAUGGCCAACAGAUACAACCGCAGUCGCCGCGCCAGACGCCGUCGUCGCGACAUACGCUGCAACAGCAACGUGAUCCCAACACAGAUCGCACUAGAGGCUCACCGUUUGCAAAGUCAAAGUCCUCACGGGAGAGGGACCCUCAGCAGGCAUCCAAGAAUCGUAAACCUGAGGGCUUGAGCAGACUACCCAUGCCCAGGAAUUUUCAAUCGUCCACCCCUUCAUCAUCAUCUGGUAUCCCAGGCCCACAACAUCGACAUUCGCAGUCUGGUGGAUCUGGUCGUAACAACUCGACAACAUCAAACUCCUCGCCUCCAUUGGCGAUGAAGUCUCGGGAGCCUAAGCCCAGCCCUUCGGAUAUGUCGAUCAGCCCAGGAGGACCUAGCGACUAUAUCAGCCAAAAGGGCAGCAAUACCAACAACGGUGCUUCGCCGAUUGCCAUCAAGCACCCGUCGAUCAACACCAAGAACCACCAGCAGUCAUCGUCCAUGUCAUUAUCGAAUCGCAACGGGGCCGCCAGUGCAGGACCAGUCACACCAGGAAGCCAUGAUCCUAACAACUACCCAAUGGCCUCACCACCCACAUCAUCCCCCACGAGUGAAGGUCGGCAGUUGAUGCAGGCAGAGAUGGACGCGUUUAUUCAGGAACACCAGGCUCAGAUGCGGGACUGUGCAGAGUUGACAAAGAGGGAGACUAAGCUGUUGGCACAGGUGACACUAGGCAUGUCGUCGACGGUGCAUGCACAAAGCACGGGCUUUUCCAACAGCCGGGAGUCGUUUCUAAAGUACCUGAGCGACCUGGACGAGAUUGUGGACGAGAAGCUGAUCACCAUUGUCGCCAUGUCCCAAAAACUCAAGGCGUUGCGUGGCCAGGCGUAA